CUCACGCUUCACUCGGCAGAGCAAAGGCGUCUCUUCAGUUCGCUUCGUCAUACCCUGCAAAGUGAGGUACGCCCCUUCGCAUCGUAAGGAAAGAGUAUACAAGUUUUGUUUCUUAGUUCAUUUAUUGAUAUUUGCUUCCAGUGAAUAACAUCGUCGAGUCAUUCUGGAUUGGGGAUUUUUUAUAUAGCGACGCAAUGCUUCUCAAGAGGCAAAAACUCUGGAAUAUCAUAAAAAAGACGGGUUCUUGGCAUUAUUUUUGGAUGGAAUCCCAAACCUUGCAAAACCCAUGUGCUUCGAAUCCUCGAACACAGAACCCAUUUGGGGUUUUGGGGGUUUUGGGGGUUUCUCCAUAUUCAACUCAGUCCAGUAAGUUCCCUGAGUAUCAGAUGCCCUCGGUUACAUGGGGUGUUGUUCAGGGCAAGAAAGAGAAGCUAGUCAAUCGGGUUAAAAUCUGUGAUUAUCUUAAGAGCGUGGGAAUAAUUCCUGAUGAAUUAGAGAGUUUGGAGUUGCCUUCUACUAUUGAGGUUAUGAGUGAGCGUGUGGGGUUUUUGCAGAAAUUGGGGUUGACCAUUGAUGAUAUUAAUGAGUAUCCAUUGAUGCUAGGUUGCAGUGUGCGUAAAAACAUUAUACCGGUGUUGGGUUACUUGGAGAAAAUUGGAAUUGCUAGGUCGAAUUUAGGUGAGUUUGUGAAGAACUACCCACAAGUUUUGAAUGCAAGUGUUGUUGUAGAGCUUGCUCCUGUUGUUAAGUUUCUUCGUGGACUUGAUGUGGAUAAGCAGGAUAUUGGAUAUGUUUUACAGAAGUAUCCUGAGCUUUUAGGGUUUAAGCUUGAAGGAACAAUGAGUACUUCAGUUGCUUAUUUAGUGAGCACUGGUGUGAAUCCAAGAGAUAUUGGUCCUAUGGUGACACAGUAUCCCUAUUUCUUGGGGAUGAGAGUUGGGACUAUGAUUAAACCGCUUGUUGAUUAUUUGGUUUCUCUGAGACUACCUAAGAAGAUCUUGGCUAGGAUGUUGGAGAAGCGGGCCUAUAUACUUGGCUAUAAUCUUGAAGAAACUGUUAAACCUAAUAUUGAUUGUUUGAUUAGUUUUGGAAUACGGAGGGAAUUCCUUGCUUCAGCUAUUACUCAGUUUCCACAAAUUCUUGGGUUACCUUUGAAAGCUAAGUUAUCUUCCCAACAGUAUUUCUUCAAUUUGAAGCUCAAGAUUGAUCCAGAAGGGUUUGCUCGUGUGAUUGAGAAGAUGCCGCAGAUUGUUAGCCUUAAUCAACAUGUUAUUUGGAAGCCAGUGGAGUUUUUUUUGGGGCGGGGGAUCUCUUCUGAGGAUGUUGCCGCUAUGGUUGUGAAAUGUCCGCAGUUGGUUGCAUUGCGAGUUGAGCGCAUGAAGAACAGCUAUUACUUUUUCAAGAGCGAGAUGGGAAGGCCAUUGAAAGAGCUUGUGGAGUUCCCAGAAUAUUUUACAUAUAGCUUGGAAUCAAGGAUCAGACCAAGGUACCAGAAAUUACAAAGCAAGGGAAUUAGGAGCUCCUUGAAUUGGUUCCUCAACUGUAGUGACCAGAGAUUUGAAGAGAGAUUGCAGGGUAAUUAUAUUGAAUCAGAAAGUUUAGGCCCAUCAUUCUGUAUGGGUGGGAAGCUUGAGCUACCGGGGAAUGAAAUUGAGUCAAAUGAGGAAGAAGAUGAGAGUGAUGAGGACGUACUUUACAGACGUACUGUUUCUCUGUAAUAAUGUCUUUGUUUUGUUACACAACUGAACCAUAUUCAAUUUAAAGUGUUAUUUAUCUCAUCCAUGUUUGUCUUUAUUUAUCCCUCUACCAUAUUGGAUUCUCUGUUCUUAGCACACAUUAUACCCGUGCAGAUGGUCACAUGUAUUUAUUGAUUUCUAAAUAAAGAAUUUGCAAAGCUGCACAACUUCUAUUGUAGAACCACCUUUUUGUUGAUGAAUGUAUCGGAAAGGUACAUUCACAGAUCUUGAACAGCUGCAGAGGAAUAAUAAGGUGUUUUGUUUCCUUUAACGGCUAAUGUGUCAAGUUUUUGGUUAUGAGGGAACGCUUCCCAAAAUAUAAGUUCCAUCAAGUGAAGCUGAAACAAGAUAACCUUGAGAAGCAGAAACUGACACAGAUUGGAUGGCAUCAGAGUGUCCCCUGAAGGUUUCAACACAUUCUCUGGAGAGACUGUCCCAUAAGCGUACUUUCCCAUCCACAGAACCUGUAGCUGCAUAUUUACAUGCACCAAUCCAGCUCACGCAUGUAACUCCCUCCUGCAAAUUGAAGGUCCUUUUGUUAGACCAGGGACAUAAAUUUUGUGUCUAAGU